AUGGGCCUAGGGAUAUUCGAUGUCGUCGGCUCUCAACGACAACAAGGAACAGUGUUCAAUUACGCCCGAUCAAUCACCUGGCUCAACUUCGCGGAUCGUUUGUACCUGACCUUUGAAGCCGCAACCGAGAGAAUAAAGGAACAGAAGGGCCUCGCAUCCCAGCCAUGCAUGACGAAGGACGACUACGUCAAAAUUUCCGCCGACUGCGGGCUCGCACCCGAGUUCUGUAACUACGGCAAUACACAAACCUAA